AUGGCUUUGCUUGGUGGGAUCUGGCUGGCACUCUUGGCAUCUACAUUGGCCACGAGUGGUACAUGCCACGUGAAGAUGAAAAAAGCUUUGCGAAGAAGACUGUUGGAAGAUCAGAACCUGCUCCCGCACCCGCCGGAAGUUUUGAGAGGAUCACCUUUCUUGGGGGUUUCCCCGGCCCAAGAGCUGCCAGCGCUGCUUUUGGCGGUCGAUGGCUGUGUCUCACGAAGACCGAGUGCAGCUCCUGAAGGUGUUUUGGUACCUGUGUUUACCUUCGUCACACGCUUUGUCAAAUCGGAUGCCAUCCAGGAAGUUGAGGUUGAUCCCAACAAGGAUUUCCUCUUGGAAUACAUGGCUUCUUUCUGUGACAAAAUUCCCACCGACGCAGAGACACAGGAUGCUUUGGUCUGGGCAAGCCAGAUUUACGGCCUCAACCCUCAGUUUAGCUCGGAAGCUGAGCACCGUGCUUGGGCAACAACUGAAGGUGGACUGCACCGAGCUUUUGCUGGCUACUGCAUGGUCAGAUUUCAAAAAACAUCUCGGGCACGGGGAGGGCACAAGGGGAUGACACAGAUCAAGUCCGUGAUCAAGGCCAAACUUCAGUCUUUGGGAAUGCUGUCAGAGAAAGGGAAGAAGAUCCCGACGCGGGGCCGAAAUGCCCCAAAGCAGGUACCAGCAGGACAAAGUCAGGUUUCUGACAAAGAUGACAAGGACACAGAAAGUGAAGAACCUGAAGCAAGCGAAGAACCAGAAAGUGAGUCAAUUGAAGAAGAUGAUGGGAUGGUGAAAGAAGCAGUCGUCAACCCGGAUGAGAUGGACACACUUCCCAUGAGUAUCCCUUCGCCCGGGCCUUCGGUGUUUGAAGACCCCUUCCAAGACCACAUCGAAGACCGGCAAAGGUUUCCGUCGGAAGAGUCCCAGCCCAUGCAGAUGGAUGAAACACAGCAAGAGAUGGAAGACGCAACUCAGCACUAUGAGCCACCCAGUGAAGAUGAGCAGGAGAAAGACACCCCGAAGCCAAAGAAGACGAAGAAGAAGCAGGAUGAGAGGAAAGGUGAAAGUGAGGCUGCAGAAUCUGAGGAGGAGAAGCCUGAGGAGAAGAAGGUUCCACCAAAGAAGGAGGAGGCUGCCAAACAGGAGAAGAAGAAUGACCUCCUGAAGCCAAAGGAGAAGAAGAAGACAAAGGAGAAGAAAGAGGAAAGUGAGGCUGCAGAAUCUGAGGAGGAAAAGCCUGAGGAGAAGAUGUCCAAGCCGAAAGAGAAGGACACUACCAGACGCGAGAAGAAGGAAGACCACCCGAAGCCAGAGGAGAAGAAGAAGCAGGAUGAGAAGAAAGGUGAAAGUGAGGCUGCAGAAUCUGAGGAGGAACAGCCUGAAGAGAAGAAAACUCAGCCAAAGAAGGAGGACACUGCCAAACAUGAGAAGAAGAACAACCCCCCGAAGCCAAAGGAGAAGAAGAAGAAGAAAGAGGAAAGUGAGGCUGCAGAAUCUGAGGAGGAAAAGCUUGAGGAGAAGAUGUCCAAGCCGAAAGAGAAGGACACUACCAGACGCGAGAAGAAGGAGAAGGAAGACCCCCCUGAACCGAAGGAAAAGAAGAAGAAGAAGCAGCGUGAGAAGAAAGAGGAAAGUGAGGCUACAGAAUCUGAGGAGGAGAAGCAUGAGAAGAAGAAGAGUCAGGCGACAGAGAAGGACACUGCCAAACGUGAGAAGAAGGAGAAGGAAGACCCCCCGGAACCGAAGGAAAAGAAGAAGAAGAAGCAUGGUGAGAAGAAAGAGGAAAGUGAGGCUGCAGAAUCUGAGGAGGAGAAGCAUGAGGAGGAGAAGAGUCAGCCGACAAAGAAGGACACUGCCAAACGUGAGAAGAGGGAGAAGGAAGACCCCCCUGAACCGAACGAAAAGAAGAAGGAGAAGCAGGAUGAGAAAAAAGAGGAAAGUGAGGCUGCAGAAUCUGAGGAGGAGAAGCAUGAGGAGGAGAAGAUGUCCAAGCCGAAAGAGAAGGACACUACCAGACGUGAGAAGAAGGAGAAGGAAGACCCCCUGGAACCGAAGGAAAAGAAGAAGAAGAAGCAAGGUGAGAAGAAAGAGAAAAGUGAGGCUGCAGAAACUGAGGAGGAGAAGCAUGAGAAGAAGAAGAGUCAGGCGACAGAGAAGGACACUGCCAAACGUGAGAAGAAGGAGAAGGAAGACCCCCCUGAACCGAAGGAAAAGAAGAAGAAGAAGAAGCAGGGUGAGAAGAAAGAGGAAAGUGAGGCUGCAGAAUCUGAGGAGGAGAAGCAUGAGAAGAAGAAGAGUCAGGCGACAGAGAAGGACACUGCCAAACGUGAGAAGAAGGAGAAGGAAGACCCCCCGGAACCGAAGGAAAAGAAGAAGAAGAAGCAUGGUGAGAAGAAAGAGGAAAGUGAGGCUGCAGAAUCUGAGGAGGAGAAGCAUGAGAAGAAGAAGAGUCAGGCGACAGAGAAGGACACUGCCAAACGUGAGAAGAAGGAGAAGGAAGACCCCCCGGAACCGAAGGAAAAGAAGAAGAAGAAGCAGGGUGAGAAGAAAGAGGAAAGUGAGGCUGCAGAGUCUGAGGAGGAUAAGCAUGAGAAGAAGAAGAAGAGUCAGCCGACAAAGAAAGACACUGCCAAAUGUGAGAAGAAGGAGAAGGAAGACCCCCCUGAACCGAACGAAAAGAAGAAGAAGAGGAAGCAGGGUGAGAAGAAAGAGGAAAGUGAGGCUGCAGAAUCUGAGGAGGAGAAGCAUGAGGAGAAGAAGAGUCAGCCGACAAAGAAGGACACUGCCAAACGUGAGAAGAGGGAGAAGGAAGACCCCCCUGAACCGAAGGAAAAGAAGAAAAAGCAGUAUGAGAAGAAGGAGGAAAGUGCUGAGCCGAAGGAUGACACCGCCAAACACAAGAAGAAGGAAGACCCCCAGCAACAAAUGAAGAAAGCACAAAGUGUUGUGUUUGAGCUAGACAGUAGUGACGAUGAUGCUGGUGAAAAGUGCGCAGCUUUCAUGGAUGACCAGGGGAAGCCACUCAUAGAAGUUGAGCUGAUGCCUAGCAAAGAGCAGGAAGACAAAUCCAACAAGCUCAAAGAAGAGAUCAGGAAAACACACAAGGCUCUUUCCUUCACUACAAAUGAUGACAUUGUCAAUGCCCAGAGGAAGAUGAAGAGACUCAAGGCAACGGAGGAGUUGGGGUCAGAAGAGGAUGACGAUGACAAGCUCCUUAUGGAUGCAGCAGAGGAGUCUGAUGAUAAUCGCAAAGGACGAGGACGUGGCAGAGGCAAAGGAAGGGGCAAAGGGAAAGGAAAGAAGCGCAAAGAUGAAGGCAAAGCUGAGCAAGAUGAAGGGGACGACCCUACAGUCCGAGGCAGCACUGAGAGCCAAGAAGGAUGCAGAAAGAAGGAACAAAAGAUCCAACCAGAAGAAUCCGAAGGUGCUUCAGAGCCCAGCAAGAAGAGAAAGUCUAAGGAGACAAAGGCAAAAAGUGCUGAGGAGGCUGCAGAAAAGGACGAAGAAAAGGAAGAGGCAGAAGAAGACACCCCGAAACCCAAAAAGAAAAAAUCAGCUGCAAAGUCAAGUCCCAUGCAGGUGGCCUUCAAGGCUGCACAGCGGGCUGUGGAUAAAAAAAGUUCGGUCAAACGUAAACUGGAUUUUGAUGAGAGUGGAGAGAACGCUGAUUCCACGACAGAGAAGCCCCCGAAAAGGACGCAUGAAAUCUCAGAGCGAGGACUUCGGGAUGCUGCUUUGGUGGCACGAUCUGAUCGUGAGCUUUUCCUGCCGCCCCUGGAAGUUCAGAGAGCAAUGGAUGAUGUCGAAAAGGGCAGGGUUCCCUUCCACAUACCCACUCAGAAGACCUUUACCUUGAAGUUGCCUGAGAACUACACUGCUGCUGCUCCAGGAAAGCCAAGUACAAUUGGUGUCUUGUUGCUUGGUUCAGGGCUGAACACUCGAACCUUCUUUGCUGGCCCUGUUCCAGUGGCACGCAUUGAGAAAGUGAAUAGACUCAUGAAUAUGUGCUUGAAUGUGAAUGUGAAGAAAGGUGUCAGCAUUUCCUGGACGAAAUAUGGUGUCGUGAAAGCGUGGCUUAUUGCCAAACGCCUGGCUGGAUGGGAGAUCUUUGAUGAGCAAACGAUGGCACCAGAUUCUUCAGAAUCUGAUUGA